AUGCCUAAAAGAAACCAAGGAACUUCGAAUGAUAUAGUAGAUGUCUUUGUUAUUGACAGUGAUCCGGAGGAGGACAAAAAUUUCAAAGGGGACGAUGUUAUCUUUGUGGAAGAAGUUUCCACCAGCAACACCAGCACUUCCAAACCACCAAAGCAGACCAGCACCACCACCAUACCAGCAAAUAAGAAGCGACAGACUGAAACAACUCGUCAAAGGAAUCCAAUACUUUUAUGUCCCCGAUCAAAGGCCAAUGAAGAGUGUUCUUGCUGUAAGAUUCAUGUGGAAGACGUGAUAGGUCCAAAAACUCUACACUGUCAUUGUGGAAGUAAGAUCAAACUUCCAAAGGGACGUGUAGAAGCUGCUGUGGAUCAUUGGAAAAGCCGAGCUUGUAAAAAUCACACUGAGAGGAUGGAGGAGAACAAGGUCCUCUCGUCCUGGGUCACUGUCACAAAGAAGAAACAACUACACAACACUCUUGAAGCAAAUGCUGUUUGGAAGAUUUGGCGACAUGGCGAGCAGGCAUCUAUCCACUCGUCUCAGUGUACUAACAAGGUGGAAUGUCGUGCUACUACUUUGCAUCCGAUCUGCAAUAAGUGUGAGGAAUUGAAGAAUAUGAGACGAUUAAGUACAUACCAAAAGUGUUGA